AUGGAUGUCAACAAGCCCUUGACUGCGCGGCUGACAUCAACUUACGAUCAAUGUUUUGACGAUUGCAAAGUCGCCAUCGCGCUAGAAGAAAAGGAUGAAAUCGCUGCCGCCGAUCGACUUUGGAACACCGUCGUCGAGAAAAUACGCAGCUUCAGGCGCCGCGUGCCCCCUUCUCAUGCCUUCCAGACCGAGACGGGCCAGGACGCCAUCAAGGGCCUGCACGAGCUCGAGCUGACGGCACAGGAGCAUCUUGAUCUCCACGAGGGCCUGCGUUUAUCGCUGCAAAGCUUCACCAUCGCCGAAUCAUCCUCGAGCCUACCAGCCCCUUCGCCUGUCUGCGAAGAUGACUCGUCGAAAUGCCUAGACCCUCCUCCAUUACCAUUACGCCCAUCGUUGCCUCCCCGGCGGAUCAGCUCGCCUGCGCGUGCCGCCGUAUUGAACGGCAGAUCAAGCUCCGACUCUAGCAGGUCUCAGCCGUACCUCGACGCUGCUGCAUCUUCAUCCUCUGUUCCUAUACUAGCCUCGCCAUCUUCGGACCGAAGGGCGGACAGGUCGGCGAGCCCAGCGACGCACAAGUUCAGGAAGACGCUUAGAACUGGAAAGCCCGGCUUCCGGCUCAGGGACGCGGUGCCCACUGCUCCAGGGGCCGACAAGGCUGCCGCCGCGGCAUGGAUCGCCCGUGACUCCAGGUUGACGGAGCGGGUCCCCAGUGUUGGGGAAGCCUCCUCGAGCGUACUACCACCUGCUCCUCGAGCGCCCAACCCCGCACCUGAGCAAUCCAGCCUCCGUUAUGAUCGCCAUACCCGUCGGCUCGUUCCCAGAGAUAACGCGAGGAGCGGGGAUCCGCUGCCGUCGCUGUCUCCUAGCGCUGCCACGGCGGCUUCAAGGAAGGUCACAAAUACUUCAGGGAAGAUAGAAGUCCCUGGGUCGAGAGAUAGGCCACCAGGUGCUCGGCAUAAUCGGAGCUCGUCCAGUGACAGCCCCACCCGGCGCCGGCAUCAACCGAAUAGAGGCGUGGAAGCCGCCCCCGACGCUGGGAGCCCACGGGCACGCCCCAGCAGGCGGCCUGUGGGAAGCUUGCGGCCACAAGAUCCAGAGAACCGAAGAAGCAUCGAUAGGACGCUGUCUGGCGAUUCAAGACAUGAGAGGCUUCUGAGGCACGAGCCUCUUACGGCAGAGGUGGCCGCAAACGACGGCGCCCAGGACCCCAUCGACAGCUGGGAUUCAAAGGACUCACCCCCGCUGGAGCAUGAAGAUAACGAAAACACCCUCGAAGAGACAGCGUUAUCGGCUUGGGCCACCAGACGGGAGUGGGUACUGCAGAACCUGCCGCCUGGUGUCGAGAAGCACACCGCGACGCAAAUAUUGGACGAGAUCGAUCCCAGGAAGGACGUGGUGCACUGGGGGUCUAUAGCAGGGCUGGAGGAGGCCAAGAACGCCCUGAAGGAGGCUGUGGUUUAUCCAUUUCUGCGCCCUGACCUGUUCAGGGGUCUCCGCGAGCCCCCAAAAGGGAUCCUGCUCUUUGGACCACCUGGCACAGGCAAAACCAUGCUCGCCCGCGCCAUUGCCACCGAGUCCCAGUCGACGUUUGUUGCCAUCACAGCCAGCACCCUAAACAGCAAGUAUCUUGGCGAGUCGGAGAAACAUGUGCGCGCUCUCUUCACCGUGGCUAGGCUGCUCGCUCCCAGCAUCAUCUUCAUCGACGAGGUCGACUCGGUCCUCUCCCAGAGGUCGAGCUCCAGCGAGCACGAGGCCAGCCGACGACUCAAGACGGAGUUCCUUAUCCAGUGGAGCAACCUGGAGAAAUCCACCAUUGGCAAAACGAAUGGACAGAGCGACAACAGGGUGCUGGUGCUGGCCGCGACCAACCGCCCGUGGGACCUGGAUGAUGCGGCAACGCGCAGGUUCGCCCGCCGACAGUAUAUCCCGCUGCCUGAGGCGGAAACGCGGGGCGUGCAGCUUCGGACACUUCUCGAGUCGGAACUAAAGCAUUGCCUGAGUUACACCGAUAUUGAGGAGCUCGUAGGGCUGACGGAUGGCUAUUCGGGGUCGGACCUGACGCAUCUUGCGCGACAGGCGUCAUACGGUCCCCUGAGAUCACACGGUGAGGCGGUUCUACACAUGACGCCGGACGAGAUCCGGCCGAUUGACAUGUCGGACUUUGUUGCCUGCCUCAAGACGGUGCGGCCAAGCGUGAACCAGGACAGCCUCAAACAGUUUGAGGACUGGGCCAAGCAGUUUGGCGAGAGGAUCGGGUAGCUAUGGGCCGCCUGUGACAUCACGGCAUCACUAACGCGUCGCAUCAUACGUGACCGGAUAUUCAAAAUCAGACAGAACGGCAAACAGAGCCAAGACGGGCCAGUUUCGGGUAUGCAUGUGUAUAACGGAAGAAACUAUGUGUAAAUAUAUAUAUACGGUAACACUAGGACUUCUGCCGAACGAAGUGAUACCCCUCGGACCUCGGAAUUCCGUUUUUUUUUUUUUGU